AUGGCCGGAAACAAAGUUGUCCUCGCCGAACAACUUGCAAAACAUUUUUAUAAAGUCUACGACGAGGAAAGAUCAACGAGGAAACAAUUAUUGCCUCCACCAUUAUUAUCAUCACCUAGUGUAGCAAAAGACACUUCAUCUAGUUUCUACUCGAUUCCUCAGAGUAUCGUGUCAAUUGACGUUGGGGUUAAAAAUCUUGCAUACGUGCAUGUCACAAAAGAUUUACGUAUACUUGAUUGGAAACUUCAUCAGUUUAAUUUUGAUGUUUUCGAAAUUGGAUAUUUUGGGCCCUCUGUCUUAUCGUUUAUUCAUGAUAUCCUGUUACCGAAGCAGGAUAUUGAAAAUCUCGGUGGUUUCGUGGUAGAGCAUCAACCGUUUAGAGCAAUCGCUUCGUUCGAGAUUUUAAAAGUUAUAGCUAUUGAAACCGCUCUUUGCGCUGUUUUGCUUGAUAGGAUUAAAAAAGGUGUGACUGUCGAGACUUUGAUACCUUUAAAGACGGCGAGAUUUCUUGAUUCUAAACUCGGAAGCAUUAAGGAAUCUGCAGAAGAUAGUGAAGGUGAAGACGAGAAAAAAUCAAAUUCAAAAAAGAAAAAAUCAAAAAUUUUAAACAAAUCCAGCAAGAAAGAAGAAUUAACAGAUUUUGACGACGACCACUACACAACGUGGAUGGAUAAUCUAGGGAAAAUGGCGUCUGUCUCAAAAAUCAAAAAAACCGGAAACGCAAAUAGAAAGAAACUCUCGAAAAGUAUUGUGAAAAGUUGGUUAGCAGAUCAUAAAAAUCUAUACACUAAAGAACAAUUAGAUUAUUACAAAGAUGCAAAAAAGAAGGACGAUUUAGCGGAUUGUUUGUUGCAAGCUUUUUCUUAUUAUAAUUAUAGGAAAACUUCGAUACGUGAGGCGUUUAAAUGGAUAGAUAGUCAACAAACAAGUGAUGCUGUAUUCUUAUCUUUGAAAUAA